UCAAAUCUCAUCAACUCCAACGCACAUGAAGCUGUGCUUUACCAUAUUUUAAUACCAAAAACACUGACUCAGAACCAAAUUAAAAUCGCCCCACCAUUUUAGGAAGAGAGAGGAAGGUUCCCUGAAUCCAUGGUGGAUCAAAAGUUGUAUAUAACAUCAGAAUUAAAAAUUCAAGGGAAAUGUUUUCUUGUAUAGUGACCGACCCAGUCCCUCAUUUCCUGGAUCUUUAUUUUCCCACACAAAAGAUUGAAUCUUUUUCCCCAUCCCGGUGAGGGGAAGAGGAAAAAGCUGUGAAAAAAUGGAGGAGACGUUCAGAGUAGGGAGGUCAUUGGAGGGGACUCCCACGUGGUCCGUGGCUUCAGUCAUCACAGUGAUGGUUUUCGUUUGCUUGUUUGUGGAACGCUCCAUUUUCCGGUUUGGAAGGUGGUUGAAGGAGACUAGGAGGAAGGCUCUUUAUGCUUCUUUGGAGAAGAUAAAGGAAGAAUUGAUGUUGCUAGGGCUUAUUUCUUUGUUGCUGGGGCAAUGGGCAAGGUGGAUUACUCAAAUUUGUGUCAGCUCCUCUCUAUUCAGCAGCAAAUUCUUCAUUUGCUCAGAAGAGGAUUAUGACACCUCCCAAAGUAUUCAAUUCACAAAGUCCUGGAUAUUGUCAAAUAACACUGAUAUUCCUUCCAAGGAAACUACCCAAUCAUCACCACAUCCUCAAUGUGGAGAGGGCCGGGAACCUUUCGUUUCCGCUGAGGGCCUUGAACAGCUUCAUCGCUUCCUGUUUGUUCUUGCCAUCACUCAUGUUCUGUAUAGCUGCAUUGCAGUGGGCUUGUCUAUGAGCAAGAUAUACAGUUGGAGGAAAUGGGAAAAUCAAGUUAGCAUUGGGGCUGAGACGAACUUACAAGCAGCAAAGGUUAAAGUGAUGAGGCGACAAUCCACUUUUGCUCUUCAUCAUGCAUCACAUCCAUGGAGUCGAAGUCGAGUUCUAAUCUGGAUGCUAUGCUUUUUAAGGCAAUUCAGGAGUUCCAUUCAUAAGUCAGAUUACUUAGCGUUGCGAUUGGGCUUUAUCACUAAUCACAAACUUCCAUUCUCCUAUAAUUUCCACAAAUAUAUGGUUCGUAGCAUGGAAGAUGAAUUUUAUGAAAUCGUGGGGAUCAGCUGGCCACUUUGGGGUUAUGCUAUCAUUUGCAUCUUUGUAAACAUUCAUGGUCUUAAUAUCUACUUCUGGCUUUCUUUUAUACCUGUCAUUCUUGUCAUGGUGGUCGGGACGAAACUCCAACAUGUUGUGUCCUCGUUAGCGCUUGAAAUUGCAGAGCCAAAAGGUCCACUGAUUGGAACUCAAGUUAAGCCACGAGAUGGGCUGUUUUGGUUUGGAAAACCAGAAAUAUUGUUACGCUUAAUUCAGUUUAUAUCCUUCCAGAAUGCUUUUGAGAUGGCUACGUUUAUCUGGUCCCUGUGGGGAUUCCAGGAUCGAUCUUGUUUCAUGAAAAAUCAUGCAAUGAUCUCCAUCCGAUUGACUUCAGGGGUUCUUGUUCAACUAUGGUGUAGCUACAGCACAGUUCCUCUGAAUGUCAUCAUCUCACAGAUGGGUUCUCGUUGCAGAAAGGCUUUGAUAGCUGAAAGUGUCAGGGAAUCACUCCACAGCUGGUGCAAGAGAGUUAGACAGAAAUCGAAGCGUGGCACCUUGACUACUAGAUCUGUAUGUUCGCUUGAAUCGACAUUCGAUGAAAGGGACGAGGUAACCACCGUGGCAUCUCUUACGUUGUCUCCAUGUUCCUCUUCGCGCUCCCUAAACGCUCUGGACGAGGAUGGCGACCCAACUGUUCAUCCAGACCAACUAGAACAUGAUUUCCCCUUUAGGGAAGAACAUGGUGCAGAAGACAAUGUUGAUGACACUGAGGAAGGCAGGCCUGAGACCCUUCUUCAAUUGUUUCAGAAGACAUGAAAUGUUUGACAUUCUGGGAUUGAUUCACACUUGUCCCUAACAAUAUGACUGUAAGUAGUUUGGUCUGUUGUAAUAGUUUCACAGUCUGUUCAAUUAACCAUAUUAAUAAAUGAAAAAAUUACAUUUUUUUUUAUCAUUCA